AUGGGAGGACUCGACGAAGCUUUUAUCCAAGCUCCUGAACACAGAUCCAACACAAAACUCACUAACUCGGGCGAUUUCAUCCUCUCGGACGAGAUCCCGACCAUCGACCUCUCUUCCUGUCGUGACAAAACAACCAUCGCGACAGAGAUCGCAGAGGCAUGCGAGAGAUGGGGAUUUUUUUUCAGGUGA